CAACCAGAACACAGCAAUCCCGCGUAUGCACUGUACACGACUCUGUCUCCGUUAAACGGGCUAGGAGGAGGGACUACGAGCACUACGUGCUUGAAGAACCGUUCAAAAUUGACCACGAGAAUAUUGUACACCUGGAAAUCAACAUAUAUAGUCGUCUGAGGAGCAGUUGUCGCCUUUUUGAAUCGGUUUAAUUGAUCGUGAUGUCCGCUUCGCAGUUUUCUGUCUGUUACAGUGUUGAUAAAUAUUGCUACAUAGCUAGCCAGCAAGCCAAUAUCGAGCAAACCGGAGUCAACCACCAACAUCGCGAGUUGAAUGAAGACGCUUUGCAUGGGCUGUAGCCUAUCCCGUGUAGAUAAGACAGUUGUGUCGCUAACGUUACUGUAGCUAGUUAUCUGAAGUGCAUCGUUUUUGGUUGUUUUAUUGGCCUGCUAUUUCUCUCAUUGGUAUCGGUGAAGAAGAGACGCGCAGAUAUCGUGGACGGUAUUGAUUGGAUAUCCAUGAGCUCCGAUUUCCAGCACUACAGUUUCAGGAUGCCUAAUAUCGGGUUCCAGAACCUUCCCCUCAACAUCUACAUUGUGGUGUUUGGGACCGCCAUCUUUGUCUUCAUCCUCAGCCUUCUCUUCUGCUGCUACUUGAUAAGGUUAAGGCACCAGGCGCACAAGGAGCUGUAUGCAUACAAACAAGUUAUACAGAAGGAAAAGGUCAAAGAGCUAAAUUUGCAUGAGAUAUGUGCGGUGUGCUUGGAGGAGUUCAAACAGAAAGACGAGCUGGGGAUUUGCCCGUGCAAACACGCCUUUCACAGGAAGUGCCUCAUUAAGUGGCUGGAGGUGAGGAAGGUGUGCCCGCUGUGCAACAUGCCUGUUCUGCAGCUCGCCCAACAGGCGGGCGUCACCAUCGACGUCACCGUGCCCAUACAGCAGCACCUGCCAGGCGUGGAAAAUCUGGUGUAGCGCAAAACCGCAGUGCUCACACACACACACACACACAUGUACAGGUACACUUAUGCCUCGAUCACACCGACAGCGUCAUUGCAUUUUUGGUACACCAGAAGUACAUUCAUUUCCAAUGGAACGCUGUGUUUACCUUGCAGCAUCGAACUGUAUGGGUAGGCGGCUUGACGGAAAUGGUAGCAGAAGGUGAAUGCUGAACUUUUGCCGCACGCAUAUCCAGAUGAUGCCGUGCACCAUUUUGCGCAAUGACUCUGUAGGUGCGAUCGAGGCGUUUUAUAUAUGAUUAAAAGACAGGGCAGACAUUGGAGAAACACAACAGUGUUACGAUGCGGACAGAGACGAAGAAGUGAAUCUGCUGCCUCUCCUCCUCUCAUCUCUCUACCUUUGGUGGAUUCACAUACGGAUUUUUUUAUAAUAACGGUUCUUUUAUUGACAAUUACAUUUUUUUUUCUUGUGGACAAGAAGCCGUGGUCACUAUUCUGACCGUUUCGCAACCAAAGCACUUUUCUGGGGACACCAGCGUGUGACGAAUAAGAGACAUAAAAACCAACAACUACCACACGUUGAUAUGAAAAUGGCUUCAUCGUUUCGUUUUCUUUUUAACGACUAAACUUGUAUUUUAAUAAUUUUUUUUCUACAAGCACUUUAAACAUUUUACUCAAACUUAAAUUGCUUGUGAGGAGGUUGGAGUAGCAACAAGGUUAUUUUAUUAUUACGAUGAACCUUUUUUGUGUGUACAUAGAGCCACAUGAGUUCAUUUUUUAGUUGAGUGGAGAUUUUUCUUUGGGGGCGGGGGGGGGGGCAUACUAUCUUAAAGGGACAGUAGCCUCCAAAUGAAUUGACGUCAGGAUACUCAUGGGAUGCUCAAGGAACCUCAGAAUUCUGUGGCCUGAUCCUCCCUCCCUCUCACACAUGCAAAAAAGGAUAUUGGAGGUGUGUGUAUGAAGGGAGGGUCACCCCAACCUCAGUACUUGGUGUUUAAACAACUUAAUGUGAAUUAAGAGGGCAUGGGUUCGAAUGUGGGUUUGUGACUAGGAUGUGAUUCAUGGGUGCAUCCGACUCUGCGUCCCCUCUUGCAUAUGAAGGUUGUACAGUUUGUUACUCACUGCACACCUCAGCGUCUGCGUUCCCAAAUGGCACCCUAUUCUCUAAAAAGUGCACUAUUUAGGGAAUAGGGUGCCAUUUGGGACACAGGCUGUGUGUGUUUUUUUACAAGGCCUUUCUGUGGCCACUUUCACGGUCUGCAUCUGUCAUUUCAGAAAAAAACUAUAGUUACUAUUCUGUUUGUGAACUAAUUGUUAAAACGCAACAAUGCCAAGGUCGUAUUUUCAUUGAGAGAUUUUUCACUAGGAGGUUUUAUAAGGGUCGAAUCAAAUUAAAAUAGUAGAAUUCCCCAGACACACACUCCCAACUGUGGAGGGGUCCUGGCCUCAGUCACUUCCUGUGGACGAGCGACCAGGAAGUAAGAGUAACCUAACACCCCGAGCCCAUGGCACCCCUAGAGCUAACAUCCAAUCAUAUGCCUCUGUUCUUGUUACAUAAGAACCCCCCCGGCCCGCAGCGCUCCCAAAGCAUUACUCCAUUCAGCUUGUGGCAACGGAGCGCUAUGAAAACACAUAGUUGGAAGACUCCUCUUUGGUUUUCUACGUUUAAAAAUAAAUCCCUCUCUUGCUGUCCUCUGGUUUGAGUUUGAAUGAGGUUUAGCCUGAUGGAAGUCUAAAACAACUAUCCCAAUCGACACACUAAAUAUAAAUAGUAAACAAGAGUACUUCAUAUAAUGACAAGAUGAUUUAUAUUCCAUAUUGUCUCCGACGUGAUCAUGUCUAGAAUCAUAUAUUCUAUAGGCUAAUCUUUAUGAAACCUAGAACAAAUACUGGUCCACUAAGGCAGGGGUUCUUAAACCUUUCCAGUUUGAGCACCAAAUUAGAAAUUGAUUAUCCUUCCCUGACCCAAAUGGUCCGCCAACAACCCAAAUGAAGAAGAAAUAGUGCGUGAUUAUAUUAUCACAUGCCCAGGUCCCACUUUGGGUCCCGACCCAUAGUUUAAGAAACCCUGCACUAAGGCAUUGUUGCAUUUUGACCGCUAUACAUAAACGUAUAAAACCAGACACGUUUGCUCAGUUAAUUGCAUUUCCAUUUCCAACUUUUGACACAGAAUGAUGGUAGUGAACGCUACAGGGUGACACGGCACUGCCUUGGAACGUGAAAGGCUUGGCGAAAUGUACCAAGUUGUGACACUAUGCAAACUAAGCAACAGACCGUGUCUCUUGUUUGCUAGCCGUUACUGAUGUAGUAACAGGAGCACCCGGGCAUUCACUUCGUUCUCAAUUCAGUCAAUGAUUCAAAGCUGCUUCUAUGAUUUAGUAAUUACUAAAAGCUAUUUAGCUUUAGCUUAGCAUUGAUCUAAUUAUGCUACGAGGGAUGUAGGCUAAGCAUCUAGUUCAAAUUCUGGCAGCACUCAGCAUAUCGGUAGAUGUCAUUGAGCUGGUAUAGGGCCUGGUCAGCAGUCGUAGAGAAUAGGUGUUUUAGCAGGCUCAUUCUAGCGCUUUCCCCAAUUGCGCUCUCCGCACUGGUGUUUUGUUCACCGCUACACACACACACACACACACACCAACCCCUCCACCCUGGUGCUUUGUUCACCGCUACACACACACACACACACCAACCCCUCCACCCUGGUGCUUUGUUCCACCACCUUUUGUGGAAUCACUGUAGUAAAAGUGCUGUGUGAUAGUUUGGAACAGAGGGGGAAACAGUGUCCCAUAGGUCAGGGGUCAGCUUGUGUCAAAGGUCACAGACUAGAUCUAGGUGAUGGGUCAUAAUAAUGCUGUUCAAUACACCUUCAUUUAUAAGGCAGCCUUGUCUGUCCUAACAGGGUCGGUUCGGUUCUUCCCUCUUAAGUGUUUGUAACUUUUCAGGACCCCGGCUUUUUCAGUGCCGAGCAUCAGGCCCAGCUCCAGAACCACUGCGCUCGUGUCUCCUAAAAAUGGAAUGGUAUUCUUAGAGUUCUAGUCAAUUCUAUGAACCGUCUUCCGUUUUUGAAGUGUUAAGACCACAGAGUCAUCAACCACCCAACGAAAUUGACUGUGUCCAUUGGCCUUACUUUCGAACAACAACCGAGGGGAAUGUUAGCCUACUGUCGCUAGCUGGUGAAAAGAAUAGUAUAACAUUUGUUGCCAAUAUCAGAAACAAUGUCUCCCCCCGCCCCCAAUAAUAUCUAUUGUGUUGGAGGAUGACGAUUGUGAUUAUAUUUUUUUUAACUUGUGCUUUACUUACGAUGUGUGUUCAUUUUGGCCAUUUGUUCGAAGAGACACUAGUCUGGCCGAAUGUGGAAUGAGAAAAACCAUAACCUUUUUAUUGAAGGCGCCCGCCGUUGCUAGCAUGUGCGGGUCGCUUCGGUACCCGUGUGGCUACACACACAAAUGUGCCUCCCAGGAACCAAUGGAGGUGUCACCCUUUCUGUAUAUCACUCAAAUAUAAGUAUAUGACACACCUCUUUGUACAAAGAGACUUCGACUCUGAUAUUCAUCUCAAAACUCCCAACUUUGGACCAGUCGAACUUAUCUUUUGACAACUAGCCCCGCCACUUUCUUAUUCCCUUAAGACUCCCAUAUUGUAACUCGUAGCCAACAUGAAACACAGCCGGUCUUGAAGCUUCAUCCUCUACUACGUGUGGUUGUCUCUGAAUUUACGGUUUAGAGGGAGAUAUAACAUAGGACUGGGCGAGACCGAUAAUGUGAAAGCAUGCGAUGAAAUGGCGACUGCACCUGCAACCAAUUGUACCAUUUGUAAUUGUACAUGGAGUAGUAGUAGUGUUGGUAGGACGGCAUACUGCAUAAACACUUUUUACUGUGAGGGGUUGUGCAUUGUGCACCGAUAAUUCUUCCAUCGACAACACUGCAUCUGCGCACUUAACUGCCAUUUGCCCAGCCGAGAAUUGUAACAAUGCCAGCCAUUAUGUAAUGAUUUCUUUCAAACGAGAGUUGAAGGUCAGAAGAGAACCCUUAUCUAUUAUACCCCAUUUCUUCCUGUGUAACUCCCUAAUCCUUCCCCCACGCUUCUCGGACCAGACAUGGUUCUAGGUUCUCUCCGAGUCCUGGAAAGUAGCCACGGUCAAGUGCCAGAACAGCAGGCAGUUAUAGGCCCUUACGCAAGAGGAAGGAAUAAUAUGUAUAUUCAUAGUGAAUAAUCACCUAUCGUCUACUAGUUAUUACUGCACAAGGUACCAGGCCAAAUCUAUUUGGAAAACAUUGGGAGUUUGGCCGGUUGAUGAAUUUAGUGAUGAGUCACCCCACUGUAAUCUCCAUGGACGUCAGCAGUGUUCCAGAGACCGCCAGACUAUUGGGGCUGUAAUAUUAAAGGACUAUGAUGUACUUGCUUCAAUAUCAUGAAUUACUGAGAGGAGAGUGAGGCUCUUUGUCACGACAGCAACCAAAUUACGUAAUAACGGACCCCUUAUCGCGUAUCCUUUCUAUAAGGUGCUUUUAUCUCAGAAAGUAUACCCAGAGACAGAAGAGGAAGUGGAACAUCCCACUCCCUCAUUUUUGUUUUCUGUUUCAAUGGAAGCCAAAUGAACUAAGUAGACCAGACCAAGCUGCUAUCGCAUUGGUGUCUAUAGUAGAGCCAUCCCCUUAAGUAGACAUUUUUUUCAAUGGUAAACGGCCUGAGUGAACCAUCUUUUGUAUACCUAGCUGUUGGCACCCAUUUUGUGGGCCAGGCCUCAAGGUCAAAGCUGUGUAAUUGGCCGCUUGGGCCUCUAACACGUCACUGCCUCACUGAAAACUUUCUCAAUGUUGUGUAUGGUGUGUGUUUAUCCAGUGUAUAGUUCUUGUAGUGCGCUACCCCCGUUUAAGUACAUCCCCUGUCUCGCCCCUACCCCACUUUAUACCAACCUCCCACUAUGUCCAAUAGCCACCACCCUCUUCUCUCAGUGGGUCAACCUACCCCACCAUCUUACCCCAACCUCCCACACUUUCUUCCCUUGAUGGGUGAACCCUACCCCACCCUCAUUGGGGGGUCUACCCAUCCUACCCUGUGAUAUAACAUUGUUUAUAGAAUUAAGAAUUCUGCAGCAGAAUAUUUUUGAAGAAAUUUGCUGUACAGUAUUUGUAAGCUCUAUUUUUGUAUAUUUAAUUGCCAUUUUGGAAAGAAAAAAUAAUGAAUGCAUUUCUUUUGCUAAUUCUGUUUUAUUCAUAAUGUUUUUUUGCAUGUGACUGACUUGAACUGUAAAUAAAAUUACCACAUUUUGGAAAUAA